CCAACCUAAUUUGGCACUACGGCACCAGAUUAUUUGCCUUUUGCAGAAAAACAAACAUUACAUUACAGCUGGAAGUAUCUUUGCCAUUCUUGUGGAGUCUGUUGCAACCAACCCAGAUAAUAAAUGAAUCCUCUGAGACUAUUAGACUUUAGUUGGGACACAGUGAGUGCAGGCGGUUUGUUCAGCGGUGUGUCUCUCCCCUGGAUGUCUCACCUGACCGUGGCUAACCUGACCCUGGGUCUGGGGCUCCCGGAGCAGUCCGUCCUUCAGCCGGCGUGGGACUACCUUCUGCAGCACCACCAGGCUGAGCUGCGGAGCCCUCUGUUCCCUGUGGUCAUCUCUGUCUCUACCUACCUACUCCUGGUGACUCUCUACACCCUGCUAGACCUCCUGGCCCCCAGCUGGCCAGCCCUCAACAGCUACAAGCUCCACCCAGACAGACCCGUCACCUGGGACAACAUCUGGACCACCCUGUAUCUCACAGCCUACAACCACCUGGUCUAUAUCUUCCCUGCUGCUGUGGGCCAGUGGCUGUGGAGGCCUCCUAUCCCGCUCCCCCGUGACGCACCCACUCUAAUGAGCUUCCUCCUGGGCAUCCUGGGGUGCAUGGUGGUCUUUGACUUCCAGUUCUACCUUUGGCAUCUUCUACACCACAGAGUCCCAUGGCUGUACCGCACCUUCCACGCCAUGCACCACCAGUACCUUCAGCCCUUCAGCCUGGUUACCCAGUACGUGUCCGCCUGGGAGCUGAUCAGCUCGGGCUUCUGGACCACUGUGGACCCCCUCCUGCUGCAGUGCCACUGCCUGACCGCUUGGGGCUUCAUGGUGUUCACCAUCUGUGUGUCCACUGAGGACCACUGUGGCUACGACUUCCCCUGGUCUCUGCACCGCCUGGUGCCCUUCGGCCUGUGGGGCGGACCCCCCAAACACGACGCUCACCACCGGAUGCCCGGGACAAACUUUGCCCCGUUCUUCUCCCACUGGGACUGGUUGGGGGGGACCAACAUGGUGCCCACCCCCUCCAAAGAUAAAUGUGUUGAGGAAGGUCUGAAAGGGAGGAAGGAUAAAGGAGCUUGAGUGUUGCUUUUUUUCUCUCUCCUCCCUUCCUUACUCUAUCUCUUCUGUCUUUCUCUCUGUCCACCUCUCUCUCUCUCUCUCCUCCCUUCCUUACUCUAUCUCUUC